AUGCAGAUGUGUAUCGUAAAAGAUCGAAACAUUACUCGACAGCUACUCCAGCGGGCUCAAGCUGCUGGCUAUCGAGCCCUAUUCAUCUCUGUCGACGUGCCUGUACUAGGACGAAGGUUGAAUGAAAUGAGAAACAACUUCACGCUUCCUCGAGAUUUAACCUUUCCAAACAUUUUGUCCAGUGGUGGCGACGAAUUUGCUGGAGAUCAAGAGACAAAAUCCGAAGGUCCCCAAGCAUUUGAUGAUACUUUAGAAUGGGAGGAAAUCAUCCCAUGGCUCAAGAAGAAUUGCGGCGACAUGGAGGUGUGGCUGAAAGGAGUGACGACGCCAGCAGAUGUUGAGCUUGCCAUCAAAUAUGGUGCAGACGGAAUUGUCAUCUCCAAUCACGGUGGAAGACAACUUGACGGUAUGCCAGCGACCAUUGACGCUCUAGCAGAAUGUGCUCCGAUCGCUCGAGGUCGCAUACAGAUCGCCAUCGAUGGAGGCAUCCGGAGAGGUUCGGAUAUAUUCAAGGCAUUGGCUUUAGGUGCCCAGUAUUGCUUCAUUGGUCGUAUCGCAAUCUGGGGUCUUGCGUAUGGUGGGCAGAACGGUGUUGAACUAGCUCUGGAGAUCCUACGGCACGAGCUGCACACCACAAUGGCGUUAGCCGGGUAA